AGUGUCACACACUUUCUCUUUCAAACUGUCUGUGUGUUGGAAUUCUGAUAAUCUCUUCCUCAAAGCCUCCAUUUGCAGUCUCUCUCUUACUCUCUAAUUAGUUUCAGCUCCAAAAUUAAUCCAGAAAACCAAAAAAGUGGGGCCAAACUUCCUUCACAACCCUCCAGUCUCUCCCUCUGAAAAUGACAGUCGCGUAACUCUUACACUUCCCUUUCUAAUCUACCACCGGAAAUGGACCCGAAUCCACCGCCGCAACAGCCAUCCACCUUCGCCGACUUCGAAACCAAAACCCUAGUUUCCGCUUCCAAUUCUCAAACCGAUGACUUCUCUAACAGAAAUGACUACGCCAAUGCUGAUGAUGCAUCGGGAACUGCUAUCAGAGGAAGCAUUGCGGAGAGAAGAGCUGCAAAAUGUGGCUUCAAAGCGGAGAGGAUUAAUACGGCACGGUUUCGGACCACUAGCCCCUUGAAUUCACCGGCUGCGACGGCUCUCGUUCGGUCUCCUUGUAUUACUAUUCCGCCCGGGAUUAGCCCCACCGCGCUGCUCGAUUCGCCGAUUAUGCUGCCUAAUUCUCAGCCUUCUCCCACCACUGGAACUUUUCCGUUACCGCUACUCAAUUAUGAAAGUCCAAUGCUGAAUACAGUGACUUCUGCUGAUGGGGACGAAGGCUGUGAUUCUGGUUCCUUCAGAUUCAAGCCUCACCAGGAUCCGGGUUCUUUGCCAGAGUUUUCUACCUUGGAAAUUCAGGCAAAUAAUGUAGAUUUUCAAGCUGGUUCAGCAGAACCAUCAAUGGAUUUUGAAUUCCCUGUAGAGUUUUCGAAGGAAGCUACAACAGAUAGCUGUGCUAAAGAUUCAGAAACUGAUGUGAAAGUUUUAAAUAGCAUGAUUGCAAGUGCCAACUUCAGUGACAUGCAAAUGGGUCAUGCGGAUGUAGGUAGCAAACAAAUAUCUCUUCAUAUGGAACCUGUUUCUGGGGAAAAUAUUGGGACACGUCAACCUUUGGAUCAUGAAAGAGGGAUAUUCCGUUCAAUAGGAAUGGCAAGGAAUUCAGAAGAUGGAUACAAUUGGAGAAAGUAUGGGCAGAAGCAGGUGAAGGGUAGUGAAUAUCCUAGGAGCUACUAUAAGUGUACGCAUCCAAAUUGUCAGGUGAAGAAAAAAAUUGAGCGUUCACAUGACGGUCAAAUAACUGAAAUCAUCUACAAAGGUGCCCAUAAUCACCCUAAACCUCAGCCUAGUCGCCGAGCACAAGUUGGACCAGCUUCUUCAUUUGAUGAGAUGCCAGAGAUGGAUGAAGCCAGUGAAAACCGUGUCAAAGUUGAAGUUGGGUCUAUUUGGAAAAAUCCACAACCAGGGUCCAGGGAUUUUAAGGCUGAUGGUCUGGAAAGAACAUCUUCAACAUCUGUUUUAACUGAGCUUUCUGAUCCAUUCUCAACCACCCAAGUCAAAUCUAUAGGAACUUUUGAAUCAGCAGAAACUCCAGAGCUUUCUUCCACACUUGUUAGUAAUGAUGAUGAUGAUGAUGGGGCCACUCAGGGAAGCUUAUAUGUUGGAGUUGAUGCUGAUAUUGAGGAAUCUGAGUCAAAAAGAAGGAAGAUUGACAGCUGCUUGGUUGAAACUAGUUUGGCAUCCAGAGCUGUUCGUGAACCAAGAGUAGUUGUCCAAAUAGAGAGUGAUGUUGACAUACUUGACGAUGGGUACCGCUGGAGAAAAUAUGGUCAAAAAGUAGUCAAGGGGAAUCCAAAUCCUAGGAGUUACUACAAAUGCACGAGUGCUGGAUGUUCAGUGAGGAAACAUGUUGAGAGAGCCUCUCACAAUCUAAAAUAUGUAAUUACAACAUACGAGGGGAAACACAAUCAUGAAGUGCCUGCAGCCAGAAACAGCAAUAAUGUGAACUCAAAUGGUAGCAAUUUACCUCAGGUUACUACCAAUACACAGCCUGCCCUGGCAUUAACCAGAAACGCCAAUGGGGCAAAACCUGAAACACAAUUUCAUGAGCUUGCACCUGGUUUUGAUAGAAAACCAAUAUUUAACAAUGAGUUUUUGAGACCUAGUUUUCCUGGAAAUUUCAGUAAUGAAAUGAAGCUUGGAGCUUCCACCAUUUAUCCAUUGAAGUUUCCCACCUUUCAACAUACCAUGCCUUACAACUCUUUUGAUUUCAACCGUAGUGCAAUCCAUCACUCUGGCUCCAUAGCUUCUCUUGUUCCAAAUUUUCCAAUUUCGUUGCCAUCAACUGUUCAUGCAUCUGCUACUGUUUCUCUGAGUGGUGUUGAUUUUAAUUAUAAUGGGAAACCAAUUGGUCAAGGUCAGCCUUUCCUCUCAGGACAGCAACUGGUCAAGCCCAAGCAAGAACAAAGAGAUGAUAAUCUUUAUGAGGGUCAGCCUAUCAUUGAUCAUGUAAAUGCAUCUCAGCCAUCAUCAGUAUAUCAACACAUCAUGGGAAAUUUUCCAUCAUAAAGAACUUGCCUUACGUCAAAAGUAGCAUCAGAAAAGAAAAGGGUAAAAAAAGACACAGUUCAAGUGAUUAAAGGCCUUUCUCUUGCAAUGUUGUUAUUGUGGUAAAUUUCUUUCUCAUAUCUACAGUAAUGAACUUUAUAUUAUAGAAAAUGUACACAGGUACUUGUAUUAAUUUAUAUAGUUUUCAAUUUUGUAAGUAGAAGCUCCUUCUCUCUUACUCUACCGAGACCUACUUUGAUUAACUUGUUGGAACCCUUUAGAGUAAGUCGCCUAUAUAGUGAUAUUUAAAAGUUAAUAUAUGUAUUUGCAUGUUUGUACAGUACUUAGAAGACAAUGCUUGAAAUGCAAUGCUAUGGAAAGUGAAUUUUUUAAA